UUUCCUGAGCCCCAUGCACAGGGAAUGCACAGCUCUUGUAUUUAGGGUGAUGAUGUGGUUCCACAGCCCUGCCUGAGUGCCCGUGUGUAGCACUCUAUUGAAUGAAGUCUGUGGGUGGUGCCAAAGCAGUAGCARCCUCAUUGGUGCCUGAGAUAUUUUGCAAUUUCCAGGUCUGAUGGUUUUUUUCCAAGUGUAGAGGCAGUGUGAAGAGAGGCACGCUUUCUUUUCCAGUAGUCACUGGGAGGUGACGUGUGCCAAGGUAAGCACAGUAUAUUUUUGAACAAAGUGCAUCUGCAGUUCAAUGCAGCUGAUUUUCACCUAAGACCAGCUGAAGCCUUGCAGAAGCCUUGAUUUCUGGGAGUCCGGAAGGCUGAAAAAAAUCUCAGAUCCCCAAAUUUUUACCAUGAAGAGUUCCAGAAAUGUCUUCUAUCUUCUCUUCUUUCAUACUGCUCUCGGCCUGGAGCGUAUCCGGUGGUGCACGGUGUCGGAGCAGGAGCUUUCCAAGUGUGAUGGCAUGAGCAAGGCGUUCAGUGAGGCUGGCAUCCUUCCCCCUCUGGAGUGCAGGGCAGGGGGCUCUGCUGCCAACUGCACCCGGAUGAUCAAGGAUGGCUUGGCAGAUGCAGUGACCCUGGACGGCCGUUCRAUUUUCCAGGCUGGAAGGGAGCAUGGUCUGAAACCUGUGGUUGGGGAAGUAUAUGAUCAAGAGAUUGGAGUUUCCUAUUACGCCGUGGCUGCAGUAAAGAAGAGCUCCAACAUCACCAUCAACAGCUUGAGGGGUGUGCGCUCCUGUCACACCGGCAUCAACAGGACUGCAGGCUGGGAUGUGCCAGUGGGUUACCUCACUGCCACUGGGCACCUGGCACCCAUGGCAUGUGACCUUCCAAAAGCUGUAAGUGACUAUUUCAAUGCAAGCUGUGUUCCUGGAGCAAAUGGUGUGAACUACCCCAAAUCCCUCUGUCAGCUCUGCAAAGGGGACUCAGAAGGACAGAACAAAUGUGAACUAAAUUCUCAAGAGCAAUACUAUGACUACAGUGGGGCUUUCAGGUGUUUGGCUGAAAAUGCUGGAGAGGUCGCUUUUGUGAAGCACAGCACAGUGCCUGAAUAUACGGAUGGGAGAAGCUUUUCCUCMUGGGCCCAGCGGCUCCGCUCGCGGGAUUUCCAGCUGCUGUGUCGCGAUGGCAGGAGGGCUGAGGUGACCGAGUGGAGGAGCUGCCACCUGGCCCGAGUCCCUGCCCRGGCUGUGGUUGUGCGCCCUGACACAGAUGGGACCGUUCUCUUCCGGCUCCUGAACCAAGGACAGCGAAGAUUUAAUGGGGUGGGYGCCAAGUUUCAGAUGUUUGACUCURCAGCCUACGGUGCCCAAAAUCUUCUGUUCCGAGAUGCCACCACAGAGCUGGUUGCAAUCACAGCUCAGAAUUACCAGGCAUGGCUGGGUGAUGAGUUUCUUCGUGCCAUGGAAGCUCUGAGCUGCAACCCCAACACAYUGCCAGAAAGCCUGAACUGGUGUGUUGUAUCCACUGAGGAGAUUUGGAAAUGUGGUGAAAUGGCUGUUGCCUUUAGAAAAAAGAACUUGAAGCCAGCAGUUCAGUGUAUUUCAGCAAAGACAAAGGAAGAGUGCAUGGAGCUGAUUCAGAAAAAGGAAAGUCAUGCUGUAGUUCUGGGUGGAGCUGAUAUUUACACAGCUGGGAAGACAUAUGGCCUUGUACCAGCUGCUGGAGAAAGUUACUCUGCUGAUGACAACAGCAACGCGUACUACGCUGUGGUAUUGGUGAAACGAAAUGCAUCCAAUGCAUUCACCAUCACUGACCUGAGAGGGAAGAAGUCCUGCCACACUGGACUGGGGAGAAAUGCUGGAUGGAAUAUUCCCAUUGGUGUACUAAUUAAGAGGGGGAUUAUUAGGAACAGAGACUGUAAUAUUCCUCAAGCUGUGAGUGAGUUUUUCUCUGCCAGCUGUGUGCCCUCAGCUGAGCAGGAGGAUUACCCAGCAAAACUCUGUCAGUUGUGUAUUGGAGAUGAGAGUGGAAACAACAAAUGCAGUGCAAGUGAUCAAGAACGUUAUUACGGCUACAGYGGAGCCUUCAGGUGCCUGGCAGAGGAUUCUGGGGAUGUGGCCUUUGUGAAGCACUCAACAGUAUUUGAGAACACAGAUGGUAAAAACACUGCUAGUUGGGCUCAAAAGUUGAAGUCUAGUGAUUUCCAGUUACUGUGUCCYAAUGGUGCCCGUGCUGAAGUCACCCAGUUUGCUGGUUGUCACCUGGCUCAGGUGCCAUCUCAGGCCAUUAUGGUCCACCCAGAUGUCAAUGUUUUUGCUAUAUAUGGACUACUGGACAGAGCCCAGGUCUACUUUGGAAAUAGCAGCAAUGGAAAUGGAUUCAAAAUGUUUGAUUCUUCAGCUUUYCAGGGAAAAGACUUGAUUUUUAAGGACUCUGCUACAGAGAUUGUGCCAGUAGGAGAGAGGAGAACAUAUACAGAAUGGCUCGGGAGUGAAUAUAUUGAGGCCCUCGAGGGGAUGCAAACACCUCAGUGCUCUGGGGCAGGUGACAAGACAACACAAUUCUCACUCACGGCUACUGUCAUCCCCCUGCUUGUUUUAUGUCAGAUACAAGGCUUGGACUAGCACGGUCCAAAUGGCAACUUCCAGGCCACUUCUGCCCUGCCACCCUCUCUUCAGAAAAGCUGCUGUGUGUAAAAUGUGCUAUGCUACCAUGUGAAUGCCUCUUCCUGCCUCUUUGCAGGGCAAGUGCCAACACCAUCUGCUCACCAGGGAGUAGGGUAGGGUUGAAAGCUGCCCCUGUCUGUAUGGAUGGGGUGGAAUUUGUGGCAGAAAUCAGCAAUACAGUAYCAACAUGGUUUACAAGAUCAGUCUAAAACGGGAGCGUUUCUGCCAUCAUUGCUAAUAUUGAACCACCCAGGAKUUCCAAGAAGUGUUAGAUGGAUACUGGGUUUCUGACCUGUAGAAGAAUUUCCUGGAAGGCAAUAUCAAAWGUCUUGUCUAGUGAAUCCUCUCUCUAGUGGCCUCCUGGCUGGUUAUGUUCACACUCCACAUCCCUGCUUUACCCAUCCUACCCAGUUUCUCCUGAGCUCUGCUGCCAUAGAGGUAAGUACACAGAGAAUGGAUAGGCUGUGGAGAAGCCAGUCCAGAAUACAGCUUCUGUCAUGGACAAAGUCUUCUACCUUCCAGCAGAAGAAAGUAGGACAAAUUUCCAAACCCACUGGAAAAGAAGCCCAGAGAGACUGGAAGGGGGACUACCCUUUGACAGAGAAAAGAACAAAGCCAAAUGUGAGCAUCCACUGAGCUUACUGACUUUCCAUACCCAGUGCUCUCAGGGCUGGACAGAGAUGUCCUGUCACCUUUAAUUUGGUGCAGCCUUCAUCAAGAACCUCACGGCUGUCCUCCUUCCACACAGAGCUAUCCUGAGUGCCUGGGCAUGAAACUUGUAUUUGCUGUAGGUGAAACAAAGUACUUUACUUCUGAGUAGCCAUUUCUACUGGCUGUAGCAUUCAGGUUUUAUUUUUAUUCAUAGCUGCACUAACCACAAAUGUUGCUGUGCUGCUGGCAGGCACUGUCCUCCUUACUGUAGAGACCAUGUCAUGAUUCUGGGAUGAACAGACAUUUGGUAUAAUAAAAAUGUGAUAAAUCCAGAUAAUAAUCAUGUAAAUAAGUUAAAAUAACAAAUAAACAUGAAACGUAAUUACCCUUUAA